AUGCUCGAGGAGGACGGGGAAAGGAUCUACUUGGCGUCGAAAUCUAGGUUGACAGCCCAUUCCAAUGGUCACAGAGCGCUCCGAAGUUACGGCAGCUGUGGCAGUCGAGGAUCUCACAUGGCUCCGAGAGCGAACAUCCGCAUAGUGAAACACCAAGUUCAGAGGGGCGAUACCCUGCAAGGAAUCGCGCUCAAAUAUGGAGUCACAAUGGAAGAAGUGAAACGGGAGAACCGUCUGUGGACUACGGACUCUUUGUUCCUCCGUGAGUUUCUCGAUAUCCCUGUGCCCUCCAGUCCUACGAAUGGAGAAGCAACGUCUCUACCUCGUCAGGCAUCGCCAUCGCCCCAGCGGACCGUCUCGUUGGAUACAGUUGGGGUUGUGGACACCGCGGACGAAGACGAGAACAUACGGGACUUCCUCGGACGGAUUGACUUUUCGAUCAAGAAAACCAAAAGCCAGAUUAAGGAGUUAAAUCUGACUGACGACGACCACCGUGAUGCAAGCAACUACGAUAGCAGCUUCGGAUACAAUAGCGAUUGCCCGCCGUCAGUGCCAGGUCUAACCCUCAGUCCGACUCUGGAUUCAGUUAGCUAUCAAAACGGAGGCUACUCGUCGUUAGGCGACCUCACGAACGGACGGGGUUAUUCGUCGAAUCAAGUGGACUUCGCACCAAAAACCACCGUGGUCACUUCAGGCAGGAAGGUCAAAACAUCUUUGCAAAAGCACCGACGGGAGCACGAGCAAAUGUUCGAGUUAUAGCUCAGCGAAAAUUUCCGAGUGAAGGUGAUAGUUGGUCGGGGACGUCGCCAUGCGAAUUCGUUCCUGGCUUCGAUCUUGAGUUGACGUCUCAAACUGGCGGAGCGCGCAGGAUUGUUGGAGCACCGUCGCCGGGACUUUAC